AUGGACGUGGGACGGAGUGCGAUGCGCGCGGCGUCUCUGCUGCGUAUGGCGGCGGUGCGCACGUACGCGACUGCGCCUGCGCCGAAGCCGGUCAAGAUGAAGGUGCCCAAGGCGUUGCCCUACCAGGAGACCCGGAAGGAGCUGAGCGACCGCAAGGUUUUUCUCUACUCCAAGUACGAGCGCGUGCUGCAGGAGAGCGAGCUGGUGAUUUUGUUUUAUACCGAGAAUGUCAGCGUGUCGCUGAUGGAGAAAAUCCGCAAGCAGAUGGCCAACGUGCCGUUCCCGGCCGCGGACAUGGCACGCCUCGACGCGCUCGACAAUGGGCAGUGGACGCUGCCCACGACGUCGCUGUCGAUGGUGCGCACGGGUAUACUGCGUCCAGUGUGCCGCAACGACUCCUCGGAGGCGGUGCAGCAGCUCCUGCCCCACCUCAAUGGGCAGAUUUGCAUGCUGAGCACGCGCGUGCUUUCUCCUGGGUAUAUCGGCAAGGUGCUCCGCGCAAUGGAGCGCCCGCUCAAGGCGGCCGUCGACGAGAUCGACCCGCACAGCGGCAAGAAGGUGCCGCGCCUGGCGCCGAUCGCGGCCGUCGUUGAGCGCCGGAAAAUGGUGGAGGCGGCGGCGCUGCCGGCGCUGACCAAGCUGCCGAGCCUGCCGGAGCUCCAGGCGCAGAUCGUGGGGUUGCUGUCCAUGCCUGGUCAGCAGCUCGCUGGUAUUCUCUCGCAGGCCGCUGGUGGCGAGCUGGCGGCAACGCUCGAUGCGCGCCGCCGCAACUUGGAAAAGGGCGAGGAGGCCUAA